AAGAAACAAAGAUAUUUAUCUCUGAUUAUUUAUUGUCUCAAUAAACCGUGUAGAGCUGAUAGUGGAAAAACAGAAAGGCGUGGAGCAAAACCUGCAUGCUUUUUCCACCUCACCAAAAAAACGCACACAAAAUUAACAAAUGAUAAACUAUGCAACUGGAGACCUUUGUGCAUAACAGAUCGAAGGAACCAGCCUCUCUCUAGUGCCCAUUUAAAUGCCUACGUUUUAAAGCCUCCCCUGGUAAGUUCUGCCUCCCGUUCUGCCUCCGUUCUAGACUUCACGCUCUCAUGAAUCUCUGCCGCAAGAUCGAUAGCUAAAAAUCAAUCUGUCAUACAGGGCUUGCAGGCACCCCAAGAAACGGCGGAUGUCGCACAGCGCGAUCUCCCGGCUACCAGUUUUGGGGAGGUUGUCGAACAGCGUGCAAGGUUAAGUGUUUUUCCCUGUUAGUGUACCCCUAACACGUCUCAUUUACGCCAUUAAAAAAUCGAUUUGAUGUGCGUCUCUUAAACUUCCCACAUGACAUGCACUAGUUCGACACUUUACUAACUUUGCUCUUACCUACGUACACCUAACACACUAAAGGAGUCGAGAGGCGGGGUUAAGAACGACUGAAGCAAACUGCACACACACUCAUAUCAGAAUGCCAUCCACACACGUCUGCAUGCCCGGGUCUGAGACCACAAGAUGGGCCUAGCAAUGUAGACAGCUGAACGGUCCAACCUUGGACCUGGCCCACCUUCUACCGCCACGCCCACAACAUCCCCCGCCCAACUGCAGUCUGACUACAAAAGUACAGUUACAGCUGCGGGUGGGGGUAGGUAAAGGCGAUGUUACUGGCCAUACAAAGCCGCGGCACGUGUCGUAACAGGUUUGAGAAGGACAAUAAUUAGCGAUCGAAACGCACCACUCUACCAGCUCCCCUGCCGCCAGUACGGUGGGGAGAGAUGGCGAGAAAGGGGUCUACUUCAGCAACUUCUCUGUGAACUUUCCUGUCUCGGCGAGGAUAGUGGAGCUGGUAGGAAAGCUUCUGGUCGCUCCAAGAUUUUCGAUAACCCUGGCAUUUAUUGGUGGGUAUAUUUAAUACUUUAUUAUUCUUUUGAAGCGCUAUUCUCUCGUGGCACCCUUGGGAUACAGGCGACACUGUUUAAUAAUACUUUCUUAAUUUACUGGAAACAUAUAUUGCCGCAGUAUCCCUGAGACACAGGUAAACAUAUUAAAUACUUUCUUUUACUGACGCUAAGAGUUAUGCCGGCACUGUCACUUCAGUGUGUUUCACCGAAAGGUGUUUAUCCAAUGCCAGAAGAACCAGUAUUUAGAUAAUCCGGUUUUUGUAUUCUAAAGUCGAUUCGUUCAAUUCUAACUGGAAUUUCUACGCCACAUCAUAGUCGGGUAACAUAUGCCUCAUUGCUUUACAUUUAACGAGGUGCAAAUUGUUUUUCUAAGAUUAACUUCUUUCUGUGAAUGGUGAUGUUUGUAAACAUAUAUCUCGUGAACAUAUAAGGGGGAAGGGUAAUUCGCCCAGAUUUGAGGAAAUAGUGCUUGUGCUGAUCUUUACCCACACACCCUCCCAAUUUAAAAUAAGGGGGAUGCACAGAUCAAUGUCAGUUAAUUAGCAUCGUCCAGAAAAUCUGCAAGAUGCAGGGCGUUAAUUGUCGCUUGUAUCACAAAUUACUUGAAUCUAAACAGUUGUAGAUAUGCAGUGCUGUAAUAUAUUGUUUACUUCUGUACGGUGCAAACAAGGAUCGAGAAACAUCGACAGAAAAUUUGGCUUAGAAGACAAAACUACGAAUGUCACCUUGUAAUCUAAGUCUGCGAACGCGUUAAUUUUUUUUUUUUUUUUUUUUUGCUUCACUGAUCACAUCUGUGAAAGUCUUUUCAAGUGCUGUUCCUGGAAAAUCUAAGUUCGGACAUAAACAGGUGCACAACCAAGGUUUCUGCUACAAUAAAUCAAUCUCUCGUGUUGAAUUAGGAGGAGGGCUACUCCCGUUAAGAAGCCGUGGCGGAAGGGUGUGUAUUGUAAUGUGUCAUUAACGCUCCAAUAUUGGUAGGAAAACGAUCUUCGCCCAUCGGACAAACCCCCAGACGAUGGUUGUGGCGUCGUUAGAGGCAGAGAGUGAAUGCAGAUCAUCAACAUUAGAACAUACAGUCAGCGGUGACGGGCAGGACAGCCAAACAAUACUAAGAAUAAUUACAAAUCAUUCCGGCAACUGGUAAAUACUGCUAAUCAUAACAGUUGUCACGGGUUGUUUUGUUUAGUUACAAUACAAACCUGUGCAUAACACUGUACAAGUUCAUCUACUUUUACCGGAGUGGCCUUAGUGAAAAUAAAAAACAAUAAACACAACACAAAAAAAUGUAGGGCUCAAUAGUUGGAACGCUUUUUGCCCAGUGCAUGACGUAUCUUAAUAUAGAAAUGACGCAGAUCUGGCGAUUAUCGACGGCAUGGUGUAUCGAUGAAUGUUUAGCCACUCUCUCUCUCUUGUACCCCGGGGUUCCGAUAGUGAUGCAUGGCCGUCGUGUCGUCAUCUGAAAUGGAUCGGUGGUUACGUUAUACUCAAAGGCUCUGGGUGGCUAUAGCCGAUAAAACGGGUGACAAGAGCCCCGACCCCGUCUUUGGCAAGUCAGUAAAACCUGGUCAGGGUCCGCGGAUACGUGAUGGGACGUCUCACUGAAGUGGUAGUCACUGACAGAGUACUAGCGAUUAAUGCCUUAAAUGGCAUGUCCUCUCACUGCCUAUACUACCAUAUUAUUAGAAAAUGAUUUGUCUGCUGUCUAAAUGGCAGUGACAUGUUUGACAAACUAAAGGCCAGCCAACACAUCCUUAAGUGAGAAGUCAUCUUGCAAAAGAGCUACAAAUAACUAUGGACUUUAACAUUUUCCUUGCAGACAAGAACUGUUGAAAGAACUGCAUAAGUGUUUAUUAUUCUUCCUAACAUUAUAAAAUGUGUAUUAUAACAAUAAAAAUUCAGAACUAGAGAACUGUAAUCUUUAUAGUAGGUAAUGUGUAAUGUACAUAAAAAUGGAGUGUAACUGCAAUAUAUAAAAGAUUCCUAUACUGAUUGCAUAUACUGAUGGUAGUUACAGUUCGCUAUGAAUCAAGUAACACUAGCUCAUCACACUGCAAUCACAGACUGGUGUAUUUGGUCUAAACUUAAACAAGAACCCUACAGAAGUGGGGCAUUCAUCCAGAAUGACAGCUAUAAGAUGACAGCAGAAAAAUAUGACUCAGUCAGCAAAUGGUGUACAAAUGUUAAUGAAUUGUUUAUACGACCUGUAAAGAAAGAUUCACCAGCACUCUUUCGACGGUUUAUUGUCUCCAAUGCGACAUUUGCACAUAAAAAAUCUACCACCCAACCAAUCUGCAAGACAGUCUCUGCAUGUUAUGCUAAUACCAUAAAAAUGGGUGCCAGCAGUGCAGUCUUGAGUGGUAGAGCAAAGGUUGCAGGUAAAUCUAUCAAUGGCCAAGAGAUAAAUAGGCAUUGUGUUCACAUACUGCUUGGCAAUGCUACAUCUGCUAAGAUGGAUGAUGUAGCCAGGUUCCAUAAGGAGGAGGAAAAAACUGUGUACUUGAAGAUACAGCCAGAGAGGAAGCAAAAAUUAUCAAGUGGCUGGACAAUUAAUAGGCCAAUGCUUUACUCUGCUCAUCCAUCUCUGACUAGUCAACUCUCCCCUGGAACUGAAACCAAGGAACCUAUCCUGUCUCAAAUGGCAUCAGCAACCAUGGCUGACAGCAUAGGAACUGAAUGUUACACUAAUCUUAUUGACUCUAAGUGGGCCACCAAAGACAUGACUUUUCACAUCAGUCAUGUGCAUUCAUGUGAACUUGAGAGUGCAGAGGAGAGUGAGCAAGAGCAGGCAACAAAGGAUGAUGAUAAAUGGAUUUCCCAAGCUACAAAUCCAGUGAUAUUAGACAGGUCUACUUCUAAUAGUAUUCUAAAUGUUCUCUCUGUGGACGACUGCAGGAUGUCCAUGAGGUACCGUCCCACAAGAGUGGUUCUCAGCCAACAGGACAUGAUGGUUUCUAGACCACUGCAUACUGAUGAAGAGGAUUCAUCAAAUGUUAAUGUGUGUGCUGUCACCAAGCAUCAACAGGCUGAUCACACUCCAUUUCGAGUUAGCAGAGUGUCAGGACAAACCACACUUAGUCCAUCCACAUCGCAACCUCAAACUGCUUACAACCAAAAGCCCUAUCACAAGCACAUGGGACUAGCAAUCACAGAGGAUGUUCUGUGCUCAUCAUCUGCUGCUGUGGAACGUGCCUUUGAUGAGAUGCUUGGCAAAACAUUUAGCACCAGAAGUGUGGACAGACCUCACACCAACCGUCAUCACAACCUGCUCAACAAAGCACAUUCAGUCUGCCAUGGUCAGACCCGGCGCUUUGGCCAACUCAAUCGUUUUCUGAGAGAAAGCAUGUGGAAGCUUGUUGAGUCUCAAAGGAAUAAAACUAUGAAGACUUAAACUGUGAAGGAAAAGAACUUGGAAAUACCUGCAGGGAAAAGUGGACAAGAAUAUUUUGGUCUUAACACUUUGUUGGAUUUGUAAGAAACAAUUUUUAAUGUCCUGUAACUACCACAAUAUUUCGAACUAUGUAUAAGCAUGCCUGUGAAGACAGAUUGGUGCUUAUGGUUGUCAUCAACUUAAAAUGAUUUAGCUGUGGAUACACAACUGCAUCAGCCUUUGUGGGUAUGACUGUUUUUAUGUGGGCAUGCAUUACCUUAUUUGUGUAUACAUGUUUGAGUGACAAUGACAAUUUCUUUAUUCUGUAGGCUUGUGUCCAUAACCGAUGUUGGGGGAGUGGCAUGGGGGGCAAGGGGGAGAAUCAAAUUAAAGUACAAAAUACAUAAAUACAGUGCCCUUACUUCAUUAAAAUUAUAAGAUACAUUAAAUUGUUACUAACAAUAUCAGUAAUUUGAAAAUAUUUAGACAUCUCCUUGCUAAUAAUAUGGAUAAAUGAUACUGAGAAGGAUACUUACAGAAUUUUUCAGGAAUGUGUAGCUGUCGUAGUUCUUUGUAUUUUGGGCAAAUGAACACAAAAUAUAACUUAAGUUUCUUUACAAUUGCAAUGGGAGCAUUUUAAAGAGGCAUUGGAAAAACUGCUAUAACACUGCGUACCUUUGCUGCUAAGUCAUGAGGCUUGAGAGAACAGCGUGUUGACAAAAUUAUUAUUAGACAUUUAUAACUAUUAAUUAUUUCCAGUUUUACACCAUUGUGAUGCCAUUCUUCUUUUCUAGCAACAUGACCCCCGUUCCUGAAAAUGAUCACAUUAGAUUUCUUUAUAUUUACAGCUAGGUCCAAGUGCUUUGUUUUCUAUAUAAAAUAUUUAAUUGGCUUUGUAAGCCAAUCACUGUAUCAUAAAACAGAGAAAUGUUGUCUGCAAAUAAAAGGAGAAAUAACUAGAUUAACUCUGAACCAAGCUGAAUACCAUGUAGACCCUCUGCACAGAUUUUGUUUGUGAACUCAUUAAUAAAUAGUGAGAAUAAUGCAUGACUACAUAUUCCCCUUGCUUCAAACCCCUAGGACAUUCAAAGUAGUCUGUCAGAAGUACCCUCACACAAACUCUAGCUUUUACUACAUCAUACAUGCUCUUAAUCUGCCUUGAAUACCAAAUGUUUUAUUAAAAUUGAUAAAUGCUACAUAUAACUUUUUAUGAUGUUGAAUUUUUUUUUUUGUAUAAUAGCAACUAAUAUGAAAAUGUUAUCUAUUGUACUCUUCUAAAACCUGCU